AUGUUCUGCUGUUUUAAAAUUGCUAGAGGAACAGGCGUCAAGAAGGACAAGAGUGGAGGCCAUGGUGGUCCCUGGAGACACAGGAUUCACUCCUGCCUCCAACGCCUCUGGCCAUUUUCCCGGAAGGAAGCAGACUUGACCCAGGGCAGCCAGAGCCAAGGCCACACUGACAAGGCUAAGGAGGAUUCUGCCCCAAAGGACCAGAAGGAGCCCUGUGGAGAGUCCCGCAUCAGUGCAGAUGUGGUGGAAAAGCUAGUGAACCACCUGGUGCCUUCCCUGCAGGCUGGGGACACCUUCUUUGUCCCUGCCUUCCUGUGUACAUACCGAAGGUUUGCCACCACCCAGCAGGUGCUGGACCUGCUGUUCAAGCGCUAUUCAUACUUCCAUCCUUAUUGCGAAGAGGAUGAACAAGCAAAGAACACCCUCUGUUCCUUCCUGGACACAUGGAUAGAUAAGAACCCUGAGGAGUUUUGUCAGACCUCAGACCUCUCCAUUCUGAGGAAGCUGAAGACCUACUUGAUUGUGAACAUGCCAUAUUCCGACCUUAUUGUUCGUGUCCAUAUGCUCCUGACUGACUUGCAGCAAGAAGAGGCCAGUGAGUCAGAGAUCGAGGAUGAUGAAGACUCAGAUCUGUGGAGCCACAUAUCCGAAGAUCCAGAGCUUGAAGUGUUUUAUCUGGCAGAGAAACUAGGUACUCUGGGGCCAGAACCAGCUUGUUCACCAGAGUCAGAGAGCAGAAAACCACCAGAAAGUUCUGUGACACCUUUGCUGUUGCAGCCAGAUGUGGGAGCAGAAUCCAGCCAGCAUGCCUGA